AUGGCACCGAUUCACAAGGUCGCUGUCAUACAAUGGCAUAUCAAGAAUUUAGCACCAGAAGAGAACUACUCCAAGGCCUGCAACUAUAUCCGCCAGGCAGCGGUGCAGGGAGCCGCAGUGGCGGUGUUGCCAGAAUACCACCUAACUGGCUGGGCCCCGGAAGAUCCCUUAUUCAUGGUUCAGGCGGGGGAAUUCCAGAAAUAUCUCCAAUGGUACCAGACUCUGGCGAAGGAGCUUAAUAUCUGUCUGGUCCCGGGCACUCUCCUCGAGCGACACGUAGUGCGGACGAAGGAGACUGACGAGGAACAAGUGCAUCUAUACAACACGGCCUACUUUAUUGACAGCAAUGGCCAGAUCCUAGGAUCCUACCGCAAAAAGAAUGUGUGGUAUCCAGAGCGGGAGUAUCUGACAUCUUCGAGACAUGACCCGCAUGAAGUUAUCGAUACGCCAAUCGGCAAGGUUGGGAUGUUGAUCUGUUGGGAUCUGGCGUUCCCGGAGGCCUUUCGGGAAUUGAUUGCUCAGGGGGCACAGGUAAUUCUCAUGCCCGUUUUCUGGACCAAGCUCGAUGCUUCGCCAGCCGGCCGGGCUCUCAACCCCGAGAGCGAGGCUCUAUUCUUGGAGUCAACAAUCACGUCGCGAUGCUUUGAGAAUACUUGCGCCAUCGUCUUUGCUAACGCAGCUGGGCCGGAUGACAAGUUCCUUGGAAUGUCUCGGGUAUCAUUGCCGUUCGUGGGACCCGUGGCCAAGAUGGGAAACGAGGAGGGCCUGCUCGUGGUGGACAUGGACCUAGGGAUACUGACCCUUGCGGAGGAGAACUACAAGGUUCGGGCAGACAUGUCCAGUGAAGGGUGGCAUUAUACAUACCGACACAUGGCUCUGGGGAAGUAG